AUGUGGCGACAAACAGACUGGAAGCUAUUGGAUAACCACAUAUCAAACCUUUCCCUCCCCGCAGAGGCAUGGGAAACCAAGGAACACACGGAACAAACGGUUAAAUUCUUCCUAGAGCUGAUCAAGUCAACAAUCAACAUAGUUACGCCACUCUCGAAGGAGGGGGUAAGAGCUAACUCCUGGUGGUCAGACGAACUGAAACAAAUGAAGGCAAAAGUAAACUCGGCAGGAAGGAAGGCGAGAAAUACAAAGAACCUAAACCAUGUGGAGGAGCACCGGAAGGCAUGCAGAGAAUGGACAGUCAUGAUCCGGAAAGCAAAAGCAGACCAGCGGGAAAAGACGAUGAACGAAGCGAAAGGUAGUGAGGUCUGGAGAGUCCUUAAUGCAGGAAGGAGAAGAGACACAAUCAUACCAAUCAUACAAGGUGAAGAAACGUUUGCGGGGAAGUGUCAAGCUCUAAGAGCCCAACUUUUCCCCUCGAAACGGACGUCCCCCGACCAUCCCCCCCUGAACAUUAGACCCCCCUCUUUUGACCUAAGCAAUACUUUCGACACAGUUACCCCUGAAGAACUCAAGAAAGCAAUCGACUCCUGCCCAGCGCACUUGGCGACCGGCUCGGAUGGCAUUCCCUAUACCUUUAUCAAAGCAAUAGUUAAAGCGAACACAACUCUAAUCCAAGACAUGUUCUCCGCCAUGCUUCGGCACGGAGUACACCCAGCGGAAUGGAAAAUUGCAAAGUGCAUCCCGAUCCCGAAACCCGGCAAGGCAAACUAUCAAGAAGCGAAAGCAUAUCGGCCCAUCUCCCUCCUACAAUGCUUCAGCAAAAUCCUGGAGAAAAUAGUGGCUCAAAGACUCUGCACCUCCGGAGAAAUCCUAGGCACACUCUCAGCGAAUCAAUUUGAAGGAAGACCAACUAUCUCAGCAGUCGACGCCCUCUUGAGAACCCUAACACCAAUUCAACAAAACCUAUUACUGAAAAACAGCACCGGAGUCGCCCGGCGGGACAGACCAGCGAUCCUAACCAACGACAUCCAGGGAGCAUUUAACUGUGUAGAUCACCUACUUCUCGCAGAGAUCAUGCACCAGCAAAAAUUCCCCACCUACCUAACAGAAUGGUGCAAGUAA